ACGAGAGUUAGCAAAAUAAAAUAUUUACAAAAAGAUAAAUGCAGAGAAAGAUGCGGAGAACACACCAAGCGCACAAUAACAAAAACAAUCUAACCUCUUCGAACGAGUCAUUAAUUUCCUCAAUACUUCUUGUGCUGUUGGAAACCUCCUCCCACAAUUCCUGUUUCCUCGAACAUCAACAACACCGCUACACUGAGCAACAUCAAACUCACAUUGAGGAGAUUAAAAGGACUUCAAUUUGGGACAAAAGAGUGAAAGACAAAUCUUCCAUUAUGAAAUAUAAGAAAGGAAGUAUGGUGGAGGUGUUGACCAAAGACAACUUUUGUCACCAUUCUUGGCGUUGUGCCAAGAUACUUUCCAAAAAUAGCCACAAUUAUACUGUCGCUUAUGAUGUGUACCCUGGUUUUACCAACAAAGAAGACAUAGAACAAAUAUCCAUGAAAUCAAUUCGACCUUGUCCACCUUUAUUAAAAAUCACAGAAUCUUGGGUUCCUGGUGAUGUAGUUGAAGUCUUUCACAAUCUUUCAUGGAAGAUGGCAAUUGUUUUGAAGGCUUUUAAUUUAGAUCAGUUUGUAGUCAGAUUAGUUGGAUCUUCCCAUGAACUCAAAGUAACCAAAUCAGAACUGCGUGUGCCACAAUCUUUUCAAAAUGGUGAAUGGAUUGUUCUUGACAAGUUUAAGACAUUAAUAAACUUGAAUUCUUAUAAAGAUAAGGUUUUGAAGUACAAAGAAGAUGUUGUGAGUAAUGAUAGUGUCAUGAGUUCUAGUGACAGUUGUAGCAUUUAUAGCUAUAAUGGAUCUGAUUGUUUUGAAGAUAUUGAAAGGCGUGAUAGUGAUGCAGAGUCCGUUUGUGAAAUGGAAUAUGUUGAUGAUGAUGAUGGGUGUGUUUCAUUGGAGGAUGAAAUCCAUAGACUUGAGUUGAAUGCAUAUCGAUGCACAAUGGAGGCAUUACAUGCAUCGGGACCUUUAACAUGGGAAAAAGAAACAAUGGGCCAAAGUACUGGCUUGAACAUCUUUUCUAGUGAAAGCAGGAUCAUAUGACAUGUGCAGAAUCAGAUCAGACAGAUUUAUAUCUGAGUAUACAUGUAAGUCUCAAAUUAUAGAUUUUCUUUAAAAUACAGGAGCAAGAUCUCACACGAUGCUCAGGUAUGGAAAAGCUUUUACUUUAGAUUCUUUACCUUGUUUUUUUCGUAAAUUUUUCUUAUUGGUAAAUUAUUUUAUUUUGGUUUCUUUUCGUUCCCAAAGAUCACGUUUGUUACAUGGGACAAGGCAAGACAAAACAGAUUGUAGUAACAUGUACUAUGUUACUAGAGUGAUGUUAGUAUUUCAUAUUUAACCCAAAAAGGUGGGAUAGGCUUUGCCCUCGAUCUCUUGUAUGUGCAAAAGACGUGAAUGUCUUCAACAUGCUCAUCAUCAAACAUAUCCACAAACGUCGAUGAUUGGAAUUGAUGCAUUUUCGAUUUCUAACAUUAAAUGAAACCUUGCAAAUCUUUGUGGUAGAUAAGGGGUUAGGGGUGGAUCCAAAGGGUGUCUAAGGCAUGUAGUUCACAC